UGGAACACGAGUAGUACUCUUCUCCGUUUACUCCCUCCUUUUGUUUUUUACUUUAUUUCCCGUUUAGCUCUGUGUCUAGAAUUCCAGUCACGGGAGAGGAGCUAAAUUUGAUAUUCAUCGGGAGUCACCAUUGAAUUGAUCUGAUGAUGACUGGAUAUACUCAUUAACACAUCUCCAGACCACCAAGCCUCAUGGCUGCAACAUACAUCACUGGAAGAUGCGUAAUCAGCAAAGCUCCUCUCUGUGCAUAUCACUCUUCGAAUAUGGCUGGCCAGCAUGUAAAGCAAACGAAUUUACCAGCCUUGCCUCUAUCAAGAAGGUCUGCGAUUCUCAUCUCAGUCCUGCCUUCAAGCCUCAGUUUGAUGAUGCCGCAACCUUCGCCCGCUAGAGAGAGGCGUAACAGGAAGAUUAUUCCUCUUGAGGACUACCAGACCAGCUUUGAUGGGCUGAAGUAUUAUGAUCUCAUCGAAGGAACUGGACCUGUGGCCAAAAAAGGUGCAACAGUGCAGGUUCAUUUUGACUGUGUAUAUCGUGGAAUAACUGCAGUUUCAAGCCGAGAAUCAAAGUUAUUGGCUGGAAAUCGAAUUAUCGCACAGCCAUAUGAGUUCCAGGUUGGAGCACCACCAGGGAAAGAGCGGAAGCGUGACUUUGUUGACAAUCCAAAUGGUUUAUUUUCUGCUCAAGCUGCUCCAAAACCUCCUAAAGCAAUGUACAAACUAACUGAAGGAAUGAAAGUUGGAGGGAAGGUGUUAUGAUAUGUUUCAUCAUCAUCUUAAUCAUCAUCAGCACCUUAAUCCCAAGUCCCAACUGUAUGGGGUGGUGACGUGAAAUUUAUAAUGUCAGUUUUGCCGGAAGUUAGAGGACUGUGAUAGUUCCUUCUGAGGAAGGAUAUGGUCCAAAAGGCAUGAAUGAGAUUCCGCCAGGAGAAUCAUUCCAGCUGAAUAUUGAAUUGUUGCUAGUAGUAGCACCACAGACAAAGCAAUAGCUGCCAGGUGGGAACCUUCCUUCCUCAUACAGUGGCUUGCGGCGUGUCUUUUUAAGUUUUAUAGAUUGAACCCCUUCUGUAUGGACACUUUUUCUUACCUAAUUGUCUCAAUUCACCUCUGUGGCAUCAGUUUACCUGUUUACAUUUUUAUAUAAAUUCCCAAUCCAUUUUUCUUGUUUAAUGGACAUCUCUUUACGAGAACGCUUUCGGGAACGGGGUAAGAGAUGAAAUCACACAGCAGAAGCAUUUUUUAAACUACUUUGUAUAUGAGACUGAGAGAUGUGCGUGAUACCAUAAAACAAUAAAACUACUCCAGUUAGUUUGA